CCACGUUACGUACGCAGCGUGCCUGCAGCCAACUAACAUGGAGUCCUCCGCCUGGCAUCUUCCAGGGAUCCCUGCGAAACCCUGAGCUCCGACCACAGGGGGCAAGUUCCUGCAUUCAGAGCCGGGCGGAGAGCAUCGUCCCCGGCUGUAAACAAGCUCCAGCUCCCGGCCUGAAACUAUGCCGCGCGGUGCUUAGAGCUGCCUCCCUCUGCGAGCCGCAAACCAGGCCGAUUGCAAAGAGGAGGCUGCACAAUGUAGGAGUUCUGGUCUCCAGUGGGACUCCAUACUGUUCUCUGGGGGGGACCAUGGAGCCAGAGACCCCAGGGACCAGCUAUGGGCCCCCAGCCUCCAACUCAGCACAAAACCCCCCCACCUCCCUCAACUGCACCUUACAGUCCUCAUGUUCUCCACAUGUGAGCGACGACCUGAUGUCGGCCAAAUGCUCGAGGGCCCAGGCUGGAGAUGAGGGCCCGGAGGCGGGGAGGAUCUCCCAGAGGAGACCCUCAGCCUUCCCCUCCUCCCUCAACUGGGACUCCGACUCUGAGAGAGAAACCCUCGAUGAGGAGGAGCUCCAGCACUUCUCUAACCCUCACGGGCUGGCUGCUCACAGCCCGGGAUCUCCUUCUGCUGGACUCAGACUUGACAGUGAAGAUGACCGAGAACCUGAAGUGCAGCACUUGCAUACCAAGCCUGACUCAUCUCCCCCUGUGGAGGGGCACAGUGACAACAACGAGAGCACAAAGGCAGACGAGCCAAACACAUCCCAGCCCAGCCAAACAGACUGUGAGCACAGCGAAGUGUGGAAUGUAUCCGAGGAGCUGUUUCUCUCCAAAGUAAAGCCAAAGGAAGGUUGCCAAAUGGAAAGAGAGGCGGAUAAUAGCGAGGCAGAGAAGAGGCCCAAUGGAAAGGAAACCAAGGAGCCCGAGAGAGAGUGUACACCCUUCCCAGGAGACUCUGACCCCGAGAGUCCCCCCCCCGCCCCCUGGGCUCAGUGCACAUUCAUUCAGCGGUGCAGAAAGAAGAGGGUGCUGCUCAGGCCCUUCUCUGGACUUGGCACUUUGAAACGCACAUUGCCUGAGACUGACAGUCCUGGAGAAUCAAACACACCGAGCAGAGUCAAGCUGGAGGGGUUGUUAGAUUUUGAGGAGGCAAGCAGAGGAGAAUGGAAAGAAGAAAAGGGCUGUAAAGAUAUCUUCACCUGUGUGGAAUGUAGCAUUUACUUCAAAAAGCAAAUCCACCUGCAGGAGCACAUAGUGGAGCACUGUGAGAGUGGGGCGGGGGUGGGAAGGCGUUUGGGGAAGGACGGACGUUUCCAGUGUACCGAGUGCGGCUGGAACCUGGCCAAUCGGAUCGCACUGUCCGACCAUCAUAGGAGGCACGAGGAGUCCCGUCUGAAGAUCUUGGGGGAGAUUGAGAAACUGAAUGAAAAUGGGAAGGCGCGAGAGAUUCUUGAGGGUAAGACGGUGAAGCGUAUGAGCUCAGCUGUGAUGCAAGAUGCAAGCCUGGCCUCGGUUCCAGGGAAAAUGUCAGACCCUGAAAUAGUUGCACCUCUUUCCCCAGUUUCAACACCACAGGCAGACUCAGCAACUCCUACGGUUCCUCGAGCUCAGGCGCGACGCCGCUUCAUCUGCUCUACGUGUAACUUCAGCACAAGAACCCCCCAAGCGCUGGCUAAUCACGCCAAGACCCACACCAGGAAGAAAGCAGCCGCUCUCCUGGCUGGUUCCCCGUCCUCUUCCCUGGCCUGUGGUCAUUGUGCCUUCCUGACCUCCAGUCAGACUGUAAUGAGGGAACACCAGAAGCUUGUUCACCCAGAACAGGCCUCCGUUUGUGGGCCGCAAGCUGAUAAGACUAGAACUUCAAAACCCAGCCUGGAUUCGGACCUCCUCUCUGGGUCUGGGUUGCUUAAUGUAAGUCAAGGAGAAAGCCAGGAGGUAGUCUCUGCCUCUGAGGACAGCAUGAUGCCAAACUCGUCUCCAAGCAGGAUGGUUUUGAAGCGCGUAGGGAACAGAUACAGCAAACGAGGGAAAUCUUGGAUCAAGUUUCUGGGUGACGACAAACUGAUCGGGAGUGAAGAAGAGCAGGAUGAAGAGCAGGAUGAAGAUCAGAGCACAGAGCUGGACGAUGAGAGUUAUCAACAAGACGCUAAAUCACUUAUUGGAGGGAAACGGCACACCAGAGCACAAUCCAACACAGAGGACUGCUCAGCACAGAACGCUUCACUAUCCCUCCCUCUUAAGAAGUGUGUGAAGGAAGAAGAUGACCUGGAAGUGGAGAAAGAUGGAAAGCUUUUAUUUUUGAGGAGAAGCCACCGGAUUCCCGCUGCUCCGGCAGAAAUUGACAGCGAUGAUGACGACGACGACGAAGACAUCGACGAAGAAAGUGUUCGGCGCUUCCUGUCAGAGGGCUUCUUGGAUGUGGACUCGGACGAGAUGGAUGAGGACUCGGAGGCGCUCAGGAGCGUGGAGAGGAAAUGCCCCUACUGCCCCGAUCGGUUUCAUAACGGCAUCGGGCUGGCCAAUCACGUGAGAGGCCACCUGAACAGAGUGGGCGUCAGCUACAAUGUCCGCCACUUCAUUUCCCCCGAGGAGGUCAACGCCAUUGAGAAGAAGUUCUCCUAUCAGAAGAAAAAGAAAAAAGUUGCCAACUUUGACCCGAGCACCUUCAGUGUGAUGCACUGUGAGUUCUGCAGCGCGGGGUUCGAUACCCGGGCCGGCCUCUCCAGCCACGCCCGGGCUCACCUCCGAGACUUCGGCAUCACUAACUGGGACGUCACCAUCUCUCCCAUCCACAUCCUGAGGGAGCUGUUCCUCAGCAGGCCUGAUCUUGUAAUCCCCCACCGAUCCCCUCGGAGCUCCGGCUCUUCACAGGAGGAGGAGGAGGAGGAAGAAGAGGAAGGAGAUGAAGAGGAGGAGAGGGAACUAGAGGAGGGGAUCGUAAUGGUGAAGCUGGAGGAGGAGACGGAGAGUGAAAGGACGCUGAGAGAUUCACUGCCUUCAGGAUCUCCUAAACGAUGCAAGAAGGAGGAUGGGGAAGAAGAGAGCGAAGGUGAGGAUGAGGACGCAGCUGAGGAUGAGGAGCAGCUCCAGCUUCCCACUCCGGAGGGUCUGAGCUCCGGGGAAACAAGGCAGCGCAGCCUGGACUCGGGAAGCCUCUCUCCUGGGGAGGAUGCAGACUCAAAGGUCCGCUCCUUGAAGUGUGAGGUGUGUGGAUCUCAGUUUGCCACGAGGCGGGGUCUCUCCAUCCACGCCCGCUCUCACCUGCGCCGGCUGGGCCUCAGCGCCUCCGAGAGCCGGGGGGCGUCCGUAGACAUCCUCCGCCAGAUCUCCAAGCAGCAACACGUGGACGGCCAAAAAGAAAUCUCCUCUCUCCUGGAGCCUCUCUCCACCAAGAACCCCUCUCCUUCUGAUCCCCGGGAAGAUGAGGCAUUAGGAGACAUGGACUUAGACGAGAAGCCCCUCCCUCUCUCCCUCCUGGCCAAAGUAGCGAAAGCAGUGCGGCCCUGCUCUUCCUCCUCCUCUCCGGUCUCUUCUCCGGUUCCUCUUCGCUCUGGAUCCCCCUCCUCGGUGGUGAGGAAAGCCCCCAUCUCCUCUCUGCUGCCGGUGUCUUCCCCCUUACGUUCCCCCGAACGCAAGGCCGGGGGAAUGAAAGGCUUUACCUCCAACCUCUCCAACAAACCCAUCUGGGCGCCGCAGGAGAAUGACGCUCCGCUCAACCUCACGCUGGAGGUGGACCCCAACAAGGACAUCGUGUGCCACCUGUGCGGCGCCUGGUUUGAGACUCGGAAAGGUUUGUCCAGCCACGCCCGAGCCCACCUGCGGCACUUCGGGGUGGAGUACUCCGAAUCCAAGGGCUCUCCCAUCGACCUGCUGCACCGGCUCAUCGACACGGACGACUUCAAGCACAAAGCCGGGGCCAUGCACCUGGACGAUGGUCCGCGGUCUGCUUCUCUGCUGAGCCUCUCCUCCUCUUCCUCCUCCUCUUCAUCCCUCCUCUACAAGAUGACCACAGCUGGGGGGGGGGCUACGUCCAAAGCUACCUCAUCGUUACUCGGCCCACCUGCCAAGCGCAACAAGUCCUCCUCCAUGAGGGUCUUCCGCCUGAGCAGCGGGGAGCUCAUGGCCCUGCCGCACAGCGAACCUCCGAAGGAAAUAGGCUGUGAAUUCUGCGGAGAAUACUUUGAGAACCGUAAAGGCCUCAGCAGCCACGCCCGAUCCCACCUGCGUCAGAUGGGAAUCACCGAGUGGUCGGUCAACGGCUCGCCCAUCGACACCCUGAGGGAAGUCAUCACGAGACGAGGCCUGCCUUGUGCUCUUCCUCUGAAACCUCUCAAAAGUCCCCCUCACUCCUCUCCGGGACCCCCUCGUUCCCCCUUGCCCACCUCCUCCUCGUCUCCUUCCUCCUCCCUCCUCAGCCGUCUGCCCUUCGCCUUCGCCCGCCCUGCCAGUCCUCUUCAGUCUAAAUCCAGCUCCACUCCCCCCACCUCUUCUUCUAGCGGGCUGAUCCUGAAUCUGAAGCCCGAGCCGGUGCAGAUGGAGGUCACAGCUCCUGGAUCUGUUGGAAGGACGUCAGGAUUCUCUGGUGACGCUCUGAACUGCAGCUGGAGCAGCUCCGACAGCGUGUUCCCCCUCAACCUGGCCAUGUCCCACGAGGUGGAGCCUACGAGGGAUAUCCGCUGUGAGUUCUGCGGGGAAUACUUUGAGAACCGUAAAGGCCUCAGCAGCCACGCCCGAUCCCACCUGCGUCAGAUGGGAAUCACUGAGUGGUCGGUCAACGGCUCGCCCAUCGACACCCUGAGGGAGGUCAUGCACAAACGAGGGGGGGGGGCAUCCUCUCGAUCAGACCAGGGAGUGAAGAAGGAGUCGACUCCAGGAGCCAGCAGCCCUUUGUGGGAUAACAUCGGCAGUUCAGAGGGUUUGGGCGUUUCUGGAUACCAGUUGUCUAAAUACCGUAAAUCUCCGCUGAGUUUGCUGCAGUCGGGGGGGUCGAGGCUCCACAAGCAGGGUCUGGGGUCUGCAUCUGCUACCCCUCCUGCAGGGAAGUUCUUCAGGGUGUCUCCACUGGGGAAAAGACCUCUUUCUGAGGAGGGCCAAUCAGUGGAGACCACCCAUUCACUAAAGACUUUCUCUCCUCUGACGCAUGAUUUCUCCUACAAAAGAAAACCCUCCCCGGACAAACACGGACACCAGGAUCCCAGUUGCGAGCUGUGUGGCUUCUACUUUGAGAACCGAAAGGCUCUGGCCAGCCACGCCCGGGCCCACCUGAGGCAGUUUGGGGUGACUGAGUGGUGUGUGAACGGAUCCCCCAUCGAGACGCUCAGCGCGUGGAUCCGCAGCCGACCGCAGAAGGUGUUAGAGAUGCAUCGCAGCUACAUGCAGGGCACCCGCACCACCCUCAAGAAGAAGAGCAGCUCUCCUCUCACAACGGAUUCUGAUCAUAUCCUCCCCAUCUCAUCACAGAAGACCUCCUCUUCCUCCUCCUCCUCAUCCUCUCAGUGGUCUUCUUCUUUCGCUGUGAGCCUGGUGAGGCCUCUGACCAGAGACGUCAGCCAGGGUUCUUCAAAGACCGCUGAAGGGGAAUCUGGUCUCGACCUAAACUCUCCGUUCAGACCCGAUCGUGGCAGCCCGUCGCGGCUCGCUGACUUCCCUCUUCAAGCUCAGGUGGCACGAAGUGAGCUUAACGUCCGCCUGCCCAGAGGUUUCGAGCGUCGACCCUUAAAGCACCCGUCGUGCCCUGAGGGAACGGAGAGCCCUCCUAAACCCCCCCGCACAGGCACCGUCCCCGCCCUGGUGCCCAAACCCCCGUCCUACCCACUGGUCAAACUGGUGGGGAAGUUCUACACCCUGAAGUGCCGGUUCUGCGAGGUGGAGUUUCACGGCCCGCUGUCGGUGCAGGAGGACUGGAUCCGUCACCUGCAGCAGCACAUCCUCAAGAUGAACUACACCAAGCCUGCUGUGCCCAAAACCCCCUCCUCUGAACCCCCUACCCCAGUAAAUGACCCCCAGGCCUCCACCUCUACCUCCAGUACCUCCAGUACCCCCCCCACCCCAACUCGCACCACGGCUCCAAACGUCCGAUCCCAAACUCCUCUGGCCACAGAAACCUUAAAGGUCUCAGAGGAGCAGCCCACCCUUUCUCCAGCUCGUCUCCCCUUACCUACACAGACCGUGUAAAACCACCCCCUUGUUUUUCCUGCCUUUUUUAUAUUAUCUUUUCGUCCAUCUUUCCGUUGGCCUUCACAAAGUGUUGUUGCGGAGGAGUGCUCCCCCUCCAAAGAGCCCUAAGCACCUUUUUUGAAGCAGCUUUUCUAGACUGUUACUAAGUCCCGUUAGCAUGGGAACAAAGCUCUACUCGACUAUCUGCGCACAGGGGAAGUCACGAGGAGAGAGGAAGUGAUGUUUUGUGUUUGCCUUGUUUAUAUUGAAUGUCCAGGUGUUGACGUGGACCGUUGCUGUAUUCCCCAUAGAGUGGUGCAGGAAUGAGUCCUCGAACCCGGGAAUAAGUUUGCAUUUUGGCACUUCCUGUUGACUCGAAGUCAAUCGUUAUUUGAAUGGUUGGAUGCCUGAAAUAAGGUCUGUGGUUAACACAAGCUGAAGAUAUAUUCACAUUUUAUUCUGCUGCAAAAAAAAGGUCAGUUUAUACCCCACUUGUAAAUGUCUAAAGCUUUCACGCAAGUGGUUAAAUGGGACUACUGAUCGUCAUUACGCCGAACAUUAGCCGCUUUUAGCUUAGCGGUUGUGAUGUGAAGACCGUGAUGUAGUUAUUUUAUAACCUAACAUUAGCAUUUUACUACUUAAAAAGGUGUUAAUAUGUGGAGUUUAUCCUGCUAGACAAAACAUGUAAGUAUCAUACAUUUGAGUUUGCCACAGAUUCUAUUUUCUGAUAUAUUUGAAAAUCCAAUUCUAAAAUACCAUUGACUUUUUGUCAUGGGACAAUGCUAGCUUCGGGGUCGAUGCACCACUCUGUCAAACGGGAGAUUUCCGGGUUAAUGAAGCCCCUCCAUUCCUCUCCCUUUAUGAACAGUGGGUUUCUAAGAAUGGUGAGACCUUGACCAUUUCUAUUAGCCUCUCACCCAAAGGUCCUGACUGAGAUUAGACAUUUAUAAUUAAGCUAGUCUUGCGGUUGAGACGUCAACAUUUUUAAAACAGGCACUUUUAAUGUUUAAAACAUUGUCACUUAGCACUUAUUGAUACGUCCAAUUUAAAUGUCCGAAAUAUGACUAAUUCCAAUUGGUUGAAGGAGCCAGUAGUGGAAGCACACCCAAAAAGGGGAAAUCCACCCCCUUGUAACUUGAUAUUGUAACUAAUUCCCCCAAAAGUAUACAUGAUGUUGCUUGAAUGUAGCUUAAAGCACCUAUUAAUACCUUAUAUGCACACAUUUGUACACAAUCAAACAUACGGCCCCAUGUUGCGAUACAAUUGAUAUAUUGUUUUUUUUAUGACGUUUCGACUCCAGAGCUGCUGUUAUUAUAAAGCUCCCGUUCUAAAUCGGAGAAGCAGGGCCAUCAAAAUGUCAAGGUUACUCUUUUCAAGUUCUUUCCAUUUACAGUGUUGCCAUUUUCUUCCUGCCAUUUUUCCCCAGCUCUACCCAAGUUUUUAUUUAUUUAUUUGUAUGCAUCUGAAUGUGGUAAGCUAGGUCAUUUUAAAGCUAAAGUAGAACUUUGGAAUGUUUGAAAAUAGGUCAGCGGUGCACCUUUACACAAGGGCAACGUGUGUGUGUAUGUGUGGUAGUUUGUAUGCUUUUGUACAUACAUAGCUAAUGUGCAUUGGUUUCCCAAUCGAGAGAGGAGGACGGAAGUAAACCUACUGAUGGGAAGCAGACUACAUGAGGGUCUGUUUGUAGUCUGAUCGGGACUUAAAUGCAUCCGGCGUCAUGUUAAGGUGUGCCAAAGAGUCCGUUUACUUCCUGGUCUUGCCUCUGAAAAAAGCUGUUUACAUUGGACCUGAUGGUGGAGGAGACUCUGCACAGCUAUCGAGUUCCCACUGACAAAUGGACAGACGAUCUGCAUCCACUACAUGCACAGAAAGAGCAGGAGACUUGGCCUUUUAGGGUUAGAUUAUUCCAAUGAAACAUGGAAGACAAACCAAACUUGAUUUCGAUCGGGGCUCUGGAGAACUGCUCGCCUUCGAUCCAAAAGCAGAAACCAGUUCUUCUUUCCCUGCUUCAGAGUGCGUUUAUAUCUACCCACGACUGAAGCAAACACUAAAGUUUGAAACAUGACUGUUCGAUCCAAACCUUUUACGAAGUAUAGAAACUAUAUAACUACAUGUACUUUAAGAAGCUGUUGAUGCUAGUAGAGCUCUCAGCAGUUCUAUUAGCGAGGUAGUUAAAAGAAAAAAAAAAGAAGUGAUCUUAAUUCCUCUAUCGUGAUUUGAUUUCAACCUUUGUAUUUUUUAUUGCGCUGUGCAUUUCUGUAUUUGCAGUCCUGCAAAGGUGAAUCUUUAGAGUAUUUUUUAUUUUGUAGUCUCUCCAAGGUGCUGGUGAGAAUGUUGCAGGUCAGGUUGGCGAAUGACUGAACGUGAGGAAGACAUUUGAAUGUGAUUGUCCUGUCCUGGUACGACCAGGACUCUAAUACGCAGGCCUUAAGGGGGAACACUUGUAGAGAUUUGAUCCUAUUCUGCGCUCACAGUAAUGGACGCUGCAGGUUUGUGGCUAAAUUCUGUGGAGAGUUCCCUUUAACGUUACCUGAACAAGCCUCCGCUGGUGUAACGGCUGUUAAGUGUGUGUGUGUGUGUGUGUGUAUGAGUGUAAAAAAACACGGUGAGAUGACUUUAAAGAUUAAGCAGAGAAAGAAGCAGUAAAGGAUAGAAGCAUACUGUAAACAAAGGGUUACGUUUUAAGUUAAACUCCAGAACAAACAAUAAAUGUGAUUUCAAUUACACA